AUGGACGAAGAGGAACCGCUCUCCAUCAUCAUCCGCCGAAAAGUGCGAGCGGGGAGCGGUAAGAAAAUGCCAUCCCUGGCCGCUCUCCCUCCGCAGCAGACAUGAGCCCGGCCGAUGCCGCACCGAGCCGCUCUCACCAUGCGGAUCCACUGCAGAGUACUCCUGAUCGCCCUGUGUUUGGGACUUUUUCUACUUCUUUACUUCUUGGGGGGGAACGGCGGCGCGGAUGAUCCGCUGUUGAAAGAAGUUGGAGCGGAUCGGGACCCGGAGGACCACAGAUCCUCUCCCCGGCUGUCCGAUGAUCGGAGAAGAGAUGCAAAGUUGGCCAGGAAAUCGUCCACAGGAGAGGGCGAGCGUCCGGGAAGACAAGACGGCAGGGCGGCUAGAAAGGGGGGCAGCAUGAAGGCAAAGAGUAAGUUUCCAGGUAACGUUCUCCUACCCGUGACCAGGCGCAGGCUGCCUGAGGACCUCAUGCACUUGGCUGUAGUGGCUUGUGGGAACCGCCUGGAUGAGACCCUCACUAUGCUUAAGUCGGCCCUGCUGUUCAGCCUGAAGAAGAUCAAGUUUCACAUUUUUGCAGAGGACCCCUUGGCCCCUCAGUUUGAAGAAAGGCUUAACCAGUGGCCUCAAUCCAUCUCAGACAGAUUCAAGUAUUCAAUCUACCCCAUCUCCUUCUCUGUGGGGGACGCUGAUGAGUGGAAGAAGCUCUUCAAGCCCUGUGCUGCUCAGCGACUCUUCCUCCCUGUUAUCCUGAAGGAUGUGGACUCGUUGCUCUACGUGGACACCGACGUUCUUUUCCUGCGACCCAUGGAUGAUGUCUGGAUGUUGCUGAAGUCCUUCAAUCAGACCCAGCUGGCAGCGAUGGCUCCAGAGCACGAGGUGCCUAAGAUCGGCUGGUACAGUCGCUUCGCCCGCCACCCUUUUUUUGGGGUCACCGGGGUCAACUCCGGUGUAAUGCUGAUGAAUCUAACGAGGAUCCGCAGUACGCUCUUUAAGAGUAGCCUGAUUCCCGGAGGUCUGUCGUGGGAGGAUCUUCUCCAUCCACUCUACCAGAAGUACAAGAACCACAUCACCUGGGGAGACCAGGACCUCCUCAAUAUUAUCUUCCACUACAACCCAGAGACUCUCUUUAUCUUUCCCUGCCAGUGGAACUACAGACCUGACCACUGCAUGUAUGGGAGUAACUGUAAAGGGGCUGAGGAUGAAGGGGUGUCCAUCCUCCAUGGCAACCGAGGAGUUUACCAUGACGACAAGCAGCCUGCAUUUAAAGUAGUCUAUGAUGCAAUACAUGACUUCCCCUUCGAGGACAACAUGUUCCAGUCCCUCUUCUAUCCCAUCCAGAACAAGUUCCUGGACACAGUCAACACUCUGUGCGGUCGGAUCCCGCAGGUCUUUCUCAAGCAAAUAGAAAAGACAAUGAGGAAGGUGUUUGAGGAAAGGGUGGUACGCCACGUCAGGCCGCGCAAAUGACCGAGAGGGAGAACUGGGCUCCACGUGGAUGAGGAAUGACACCAGGAUCAUUUGGGUCAAACUGGAGGCUCCCAGAGGGUAGUGCUGGACACAUUCGACCUCCUGGAAUGAGGUUCAGAACAUGACAGAGUGACAGUGCCUUGCAAAAGUCUUUACUUCCCCUUAACCUUUACAUUUUGGAACGGGACGACACGAUGUGCACAGGAUUGUGAGCUGGAAACGGAGCCAAACAUCUUUUAAAUCUAGUCGAUGCAUUUUCCUACCAAGUUUAUGCCCAUGUUUUACAAAUGAACAAAAGCUCCAUCCUUGGGAGAGCAUCCUGUGAACAGUAAAUUAAAAAAUAUUCAGUAUACAAUUUGACAGGAACAUUUCAACACAGGUAAAUCCUAGUCUGUUUAGGGAUUUCUUUGUGUGUUUUCAAUAGUAGAAAAUUACCUUUUUUCCUGCAAGUAAAUUCCAGGAAAAAUCUCCCUAAACUACCAGAGAUAUGAAUGUUUUAGCAGCAAUAUUGAAAGUGAGUCUGCAGGUAUGAGAAGAAUUCAACAUCUCUGGAUCUUUUCUGCAGUGGCUAGAUGCCACCAUCAGUAUUUAGUAAAGCACAACAAAUGAAAUCUUUUUUUUAUUUUAACUAUUGAAUACAGAUUAACAUGCACUUUUUUAUAUUGGGACUGGAUGUAUUUUCUAUUUUUUGUUGUUUGUAAGUGAAUGUCCAUAUUUUAAGUGACUUUGCCUGACUAAGGCGAACAAAAUGUGCAAGUUUUUUUUUUAUUGGUGACUUACGAUGGGUGAUAAUGUGCCAUAUAAAUAUUAUUGUGUGCCAUGUUUACUAUCAGAGGAUAUUGAGUGAUAUAGAAGUGUAUGUGUGUGUAUGAUGGAGUGUUGUUUUUUUUAUGUGAUGUAAUGCUGUAAUUAUAUUACAUAUUUCAUCAUGGAAACUUAAAAUGACAGUGCAGUCGAAAUGUUUCAAAAUAAAACAACACAUUGUUU